UAAUGAAAGCAGCUUAUAUUGUUUCUGCAGCUAGAACACCAAUUGGUUGUUUCUUAGGCAAAUUGAGUAAAGUUAAAGCAACAGAUCUUGGAGCUACAGCAAUUAAGGGUGCUCUAUCUUAAGUCACAAUACCAUUAGAUGCUAUAGAUGAAGCUAUAUUAGGAAAUGUUUGUUCAGCUGGUAUUGGCUAAGUAUCAAUUGAUUAUUAAUAAAUAGGCUCCUGCUAGAUAAGCAGUGAUCAAAGCUGGAUUACCAACAUCUACUCCAUGUACUACUAUAAAUAAGGUUUGUUCUUCUGGUAUGAAAUCAGUUACUUUUGGCUCAUAAAGUAUUCAAUUAGGAUAAUCCAAUAUUGUCAUAACUGGAGGCUUUGAAUCAAUGUCCAAUAUUCCUCAUUACAUUAAUGCAAGAUAACCACUUAAAUAUGGAGAUGGAAAAUUAUUAGAUGGUUUAGCUACUGAUGGUUUAUCUGAUGCUUAUAGUAAUGUUGCUAUGGGAGUAUGUGCUGAAAAGACAGUUAAUGAUCUUAAAUUAACAAGAUAAUUACAAGAUGAUUUUACAAUUACUAGUUAUGAAAGAGCACUUGAAUCAAUCAAAACUGGAAGAUGGUCACAUGAAAUUACUCCAGUUCAAAUAUCAGAAAAGGAAGUAGUUACUGAAGAUGAAGAGGUCAAAAGAUAUUAAAAGGAGAAAAUUCCACUUCUUAAACCAGUCUUUGCUAAAAAUGGUAGUGUUACAGCUGCAAAUUCAAGUAAAAUUAAUGAUGGAGCAUGUGCCAUUAUUUUGGCAUCAGAAGAAGCCUUAAAAAAAUAUAAAUUGACACCUUUAGCUAGAAUUGUUGCCUAUGCUGAUGCAGAACUUGACCCUAUGGAUUUCUGCAUUGCCCCAGCUAAAUCAUCUGCCAAGGCACUAUAAAGAGCAGGGUAUUUAUAUAUAUUAUUCAUAUUUUUUAGACUCAAAUUAGCCAAUAUCGAUUACCAUGAAAUUAAUGAAGCAUUUGCUGCCACUGUUUUAGCUAAUAUGAAAUUAUUAGAUUUACCAUUAGAUAGAAUUAAUGUUAAUGGUGGUGCAGUUGCUUUAGGUCAUCCUAUUGGUAUGAGUGGUGCAAGAAUUAUUUUGUCUUUACUCACUGUAUUAAAAUAAAAUUAAGGUAAAUUUGGAUUAGCAGGAAUAUGCAAUGGUGGUGGAGGUGCUACAUCAAUCAUCAUAGAAAACUUAAAUUGAG